AUGUGGGCGUUGAAUACGCCUCUAUCGGGUAGACAAAUGGACAAAGACUUGAAUGUAGGUAUGCACUUAAACAAUAAAAUGUUAGUGGCCUCAUCAGCCUUUAAGUUCUUGCAAGGACUUCAAGCAGCGCUAAAAUUACUAUCUGUAUUGCACCUAACCAAGUAUGAAUGGCCUCAGGAUGCUGUUGUAACCGAUGGAGAAAGUUUUGAUUUCAUUAUAAUUGGAGCGGGGACAGCAGGAAGUGUAAUCGCAAACAGAUUGACAGAAAUAAAAGAUUUCAAUGUUCUUCUCAUAGAGGCCGGUGGCGAUCCACCUUUAGAAUCCGAUAUCCCCGGUUUAAGCUUUUUAAUGAAAAGGUCUCGUUACGAUUGGAAUUACACUGCAGAAAAUGAUGCCUAUAGUGAUACCUGUCAUCUCAAACCUUACUUUGAGUUUACGCUAGGCAAAAUGUUAGGUGGAACCAGUUCCCUCAAUUACAUGGUUUACCAUAGAGGGCAGCCGCAAGACUUCAACACUUGGGCUGAAAUAACAAAAGACGAUAGAUGGCAAUGGCAAAACGUAUUGCCAUAUUUUCUUAAAAGUGAAAAGCUAAAAGAUCCACAAUUACUUCAUUCACCUGAAAGAGAUUUCUAUGGGACCAAAGGAUAUGUUGAAUUAGUAAAAGAUCGACGUGAUUCUAUUCAACAAAUUCUAGAUGCUUAUCAAGAAUUAGGACACAAAAUAGUUCAAGACUUUAAUGAACAUCAUGCUUUAGGAUAUGCUACACAAACAGUAACUAUUUCUGGUAAGUCUCGACAUAGUUCAGCUCAUGCAUUUCUAUCAAGUGUGAAAAAUCGUAAAAAUUUGCAUGUGAUGAAAAAUACGCUUGUUACUAAAAUUGUGGUUGAAGAUAAAAAAGCCGUCGGAGUCGAAGUCAAAACUGAAGAUGGCAAGACUUUACAUUUAAAUGCAAAAAAAGAGAUAAUAGUUUCAGCUGGCACAUUUAAUACUCCCAAGUUGCUAAUGUUAUCUGGCAUGGGUCCAGCAAAGCAUUUAAAAGAAAAAACUAUUGAAGUUAUAUCCGAUUUACCUGUUGGUGAGAAUCUACAGGAGCAUUUAGGCGUAAUACUUAUACAUACUUUGGAAGAAACACCCGACUUUGGAGCUUCAUUUACUGGUUUCGUUGCUCUAAAUAAAACAAGCAAUUAUCCAGACUACCAGGUCAUAUCGUAUUUGGAUAAUUCGAAAGUUUUGUUACUUUACUGCACGUUUGUAUUUAGAUUAUCGGACGAAAUUUGUGAUACAAUGUUUAAAAGUGAAGAUAAAAAAUUACAAGCAUUUAACCAAAUAAUUAAUAUUCAUCCAGAAUCAAGAGGUAAAGUGCUUUUAAAGACCACAGAUCCAUUCGAUGCACCCCUUGUUUAUAGUGGAUUCUUCUCCAAUAAUAAUGACUUAGAAAAUUUUAUUGAUUACGUACAACAUUUUUCUGCCAUUAUGAAUACAACAUACUAUAAAACCGUUAAUGCUAAAAUGGUAGAUGCAUAUCCUAAGUGUAAUGUAUUUGAAGCUGGAAGUCGAGAAUAUUGGCGUUGUUACGUCAUGUGUGUUUCUUCGGGAUUAAGCCAUUUUACAGGCACAUGUCCUAUGGGUAAGGUUCUGGAUGGACGUCUGCGAGUUCACGGUAUAAAAAAUUUACGAGUGGCUGAUGCAAGUGUGAUGCCAACCAGUACUAGAGGCAAUCCUGCAGCCUCAGUUAUUAUGAUCGGUGAAAAAGCAGCAGAUAUGAUCAAAGAAGACUACAAAUUAAUUUAA